CGUAGUGUGAGUGGGGGUCUUUUUUUUUUUUAUGAGCCGCGGCAUAAGUAAUAGUUGUGCUUGUUUAUUUUGGUAAAGUUUAUAUAUCAAGUUUUCAAGAAUUGACAGUGAUUCCACGAAAAGUAGUUUUAAAACAGUUAUGAAUGUGUUGCAGAAAGUUAGAGAGACUUUUUGGUCUACCAAUGUUUGGCUUCCGCCAAAUACAACUUGGGCAGAUAUAGCUCCCGGCUCGCAUCCAGAUGUAAAUCAUGCUGACUACAGGGACCUUGUUUGGCCAUUGCCCAUGGCUCUGGUUGUAAUGCUAGUGCGGUACGCGUUAGAAAGAUUCUGGAUUGCUCCUAUUGGAAAAUCAUUGGGAAUUAGAAGUAGUCGAUCCAAGAAGGCUGCGAAUAUUCCGUUGUUAGAGCAAGCGUAUGAAGCAUCAAAUAAAAUUAAUCACAAGAAGCUUACAGAAAUGGCUAAACAUUUGGACAUGACAGAACGGCAAAUUGAGAGGUGGUGGCGCUUAAGAAGAGCUCAAGAUAAACCGUCAACUCUAACAAAGUUUUGUGAAAAUACAUGGCGCUGUAUAUAUUACACUUACAGUUUUGUAUUUGGGCUGAUUGUUUUAUGGGACAAAUCGUGGCUAUGGGAUGUCAAGAAUUGUUGGUAUGGAUAUCCUCAUCAGUCAAUAACAAGUGAUAUUUGGUGGUAUUACAUGAUAUCUAUGUCAUUUUAUUGGUCAUUGACGGUUACCCAGUUUUUUGAUGUUAAACGGAAAGAUUUCUGGCAAAUGUUUAUACAUCAUAUGGUUACCCUUAUGCUGAUGUCUUUUAGUUGGGUUUGCAAUUUACAUCGAGUCGGUUCGUUAGUUUUGCUUGUUCAUGACUGUGCGGAUAUAUUUUUAGAGGCAGCAAAAUUAACGAAAUACGCGAAUUACCAAAAGUUAUGUGAUAUAAUUUUUGCAAUAUUCACAGUAGUUUGGAUAAUUACCAGAUUAGGAUUCUAUCCACGCAUUAUCUACAGUUCAUCUGUAGAAGCGCCUAGAAUUCUUCCCAUGUUUCCUGCUUACUAUAUUUUCAAUGGCUUAUUGUCAAUGUUACUCUUAUUACAUAUAAUAUGGACGUAUAUGAUUCUAAAGAUUGUCAUUGAUUCCCUUCAUAAAGGUUUGAUGUCAGGUGAUAUAAGAUCAAGUGACAGUGAGGAUAUUUCGCAAAGUUCUGAAAAUAUCCAGACUACAGUUAACGGGAAUAUUAUGGAUAAAUCAACUGGGAAUCAUAUAAAAAGAAAAAAGGCUAAUAAGAACUAGAAGGUAUGGGAUACGGUUAAG